CAAAAAUUUCUUGUUACAGGAAACAAAAUGUAGUUUCAAGCUUUUUUUUGUAGUUUUCUUCACGGUACUUCGAUCAGCAUCAGGAUGGGGGAUAAGGCUAAGAGGAAGAAACGCUCUUCGACGGUGUUUAACGAUCUGAAGAUAAAGGUUGAGAUAGAAAAUCCUGAGGAGGACGAGGAGCUCGUCAACUACUACACAAACAAGAACUUUGUUGCUCCAAUUCGAAGGAAGUUUGAAACGAUUUUCGAAGGUUCCCGAAGAGGGUUUAGUGAGGAGGGAGAACUGAAUCUUGGGAAAGGUUUGGAUAAAAGACAUAUCGAGGAAUAUCAAUUCUGGAAGCAGAACGAUAAGGAUAAGAACCGGAAAAGGAAACUCAAGAUUCAGAAACAGUUCAAAGGAAGAAAGAAACCAACAUCUAAACCUCUUAGUGCAAAGGACGAGAAAAAAUUAAAGAAAUUAAUUGAAAACGUUCCAGAUUUUGAAACCGAACCUUCUACAAGUACUGAGUCCGAUGUUGGGCUACUCCUGGAGAAGGCAGUUGGUUUUCUCAACUCCUUGUCUAGAUCCAAGAUCGAAACAACUACUCCCAAUCUUUCUGCAAACUCCUCUGCUGAUCUCUCUCAUGAUCAUCCGACCCCAUCAAAGGAUGAGAAACUUGACUCUGGCUGUUCAGAGAGCUCUAGAAAUCCGGAGAACGAAUCCGGUUUUCUUGAAGAAUCAAGAACUAACUCAUAUCCUUCCGACGUAGUAAAUUCCUUCAGAGAUGAGAAUCUGGACCUCAAGUUAGAAAAUAUAUCUGAUGAAAACCUUAAGAAAGAAUAUCUUGAAGCUCUGCUGUCUGAGGAUAUCAUGUUUUGUGGACCUGUUAAAGCUGCUGCCGGAAAGAAGAAGAAGAAAGAGCGAGUCUCAACCCGUCUCAGUGUUCGUAGAUCCGCUAGAUUUCUCAGGGAUGCAAGCCCAUCUGAAGCUGGUUCUGUUUUCUCUCUCAUGGAUAUACCAGUUAAACCUGUCAAAACUAAUCAAAUACCUCCUAGAGACGAAUCAUCCAACCAAGGCUGUGACGAGAAUACGGAGGUUUGCGAAGGAACCGAAUUUCAAGUUUUAAAAGAGAUAAAUCAUUUGUCGCAGGACAAUGUAUCUACACAAGAAAGAGCAAUAAAACGAAGACAUAAACAUGAACGAAUAAACCCCGCAGAUAAGGAGAAUAGUGAAAGGAGUAAAGCUAAACCUGAACAGAAGAAAAGGAAAAGAAACCCGGUUUCCUUGAUGUUUGAGGAGGACGAGUCAGGAUUUUUGAUCAAGGCUUCUUUGGAUAAUACACGUUGGAAGCAAGUUACAUCUGAACCUCGUUCUAGUGCUAAUACCUCCCCGGAGAAGUUCAAUGAUAGAAAAUCUACGGAUAUUGCUCUACCCGACUGUGUUAGAAGAAGUCUAACGGGGGAGUUUGUGCCUGGAAGAUGUUCCUGGAUACCUGAGCAGGAGAUAAAUAUAGACCUGGAACCUGUAUUUGUAAAUGGUAAUCUAUCCUGGGGUAAACUGUCUACAGGAUCUAGUGAACCUUGCCUUAGCUUUUCACCACCUGAGAUACUUAGGUCUCAUCAAAACAGGAACGACUCUACUCUAAACUUCCACCGUAAUAUUGUAAGUUCUCAUCUAAACCAGGAAAAUACUUCUCUAAACAUGCAACGUCAGAUUUCAAGUCUUCGUCCAAACCUUGAGAAUUUCGCUCUAAACAUAAAGCCUCAGAUUUUAAGUCCCCAUCCAAGCCUAGAUAAUUCUGCUCCAAACCUAGAACCCCGGAUUUUAAGUCCUCUUCACAUCCUUGAGAAUUCAAAACUGGGCCUUCAGAUUCCAAGUUCUCCUUUGGAGAUAUCUGCUCCAAACCAAGAACAUUGGAUCUCAAGUCAUCAUUUAAACUUGGGGAAGUCUGCGUCAACCUUGAAAACUCAUAAAAGCAAUCUUAUUUUGUCUAAAGGAGCUGGGGAGAAAUUAACCAAAUCUUUAAUAAAUAAAGUUAGAACAAGAAAAAAGGAUCAUUUCGGGUUCUCCGACUCAGAGGAUGAAGAAUUUAUUUCAGGAACACUAAGCAAAUCCAAAAGAAUAAAAACGAAAGAAGACACCCUAAAUACAGCCAAAAUAUACCUGGAGAAUCUAGACGAAACAUCCUAACACUUUCCAGCUCAAUGGUCAACUUCGCGAAAGUUGAAUGACUCUCGAACAGUUCAGUGACCGUCCUUCGUUUCAGCUCAAGCUCUGAUCAACCCCAAAGUUUCUCUUCAGAAGAACUUCAAUAAAACUCCUUAGUCCUAUUCUUGCUUUACUGUUCGUUAAAAAGUCUCGUAACACUUCUUGAUCCUCAAUACAAAAUAUAUUAAACUUGACUUUAAAA